AUGAAGUGGGACGUAUCACUGGAAGGAAAACAGAGGAAGCUACAUUUCGUGAACAAGCUAUGGACUGAUCCUUACGACUCAAGGCACGUGCAAGAGAGUGCAGAGAUAGUUGCCAAGCUUGUUGGGUUCUGUGAAAGUGAGCUCCAGGUUUCGAAGGUCGUUUACAAGAGGAGUUGUAACUUCGAUCAAAACAUGGGAGACGAUUCUCAAGCACGUGAUAAAGGUCUUGAGAUGAAGAAGGACAUACGAUGUCCGAUGUUAACAUCGACCAACUACACCGUAUGGUCGAUGCGAAUGAAAGUUAUGCUUCGUUUAUACGAAGUUUGGGAUACGAUUGAUCCAGGGAGCGAUGAUGCAAAGAAGAACAAUAUGGCGAUUGCUCUAAUCUUUCAAUCAGUCCCGGAAGCGUUAAUACUUCAGAUCGGAGAACAUGAUACAUCGAAGAAGAUUUGGGAAGCUAUCAAAUCCCGUAACCUAGGUGCUGAUCGCGUGAGAGAAGCAAGGUUACAAACUUUGAUGUCUGAGUUCGACAAACUGAAGAUGUCAGACACAGACACAGUGGAUGACUACGCAGGAAAACUUUCAGGCUUAGCAUCGAGAGCAGCCGCGUUAGGAGAGAUAAUGGAAGCAUCAAAGCUGGCUUUCGAAGAACGCAUCAAAGAAGAAACCCAAGAUGAAGGUCAAUCGAAGCUCAUGUUUGGAAAGAAUGAUAUGCAAGAAAACGGUGUAACUAGACAUCUCAAUGCAUCGUAUACACUAUCAACAAACGUGGACGAAGAACCAGGAUCAUUCAAGCUUUCUCAUAUUGAUGUUACAGAAGAAGGAGAUGGUGAUGAGCAUCAAGAUCACCAACACCAGCAAGUAGCAGAGAACAACGAUGUAAACCAAGACCAACAUGUAACAUCAAGAUAUGGCCAUAACAUCAGAAAACCAAAGCGGUUCGAUGAUUACAUCCUACUUGCUGAAGUUGAAGGUGGCAGGCCCUUGCUGGACAUCGAUGGUGAACCAGAAAGUUACAUCAAAGCUGCAGUGAUACAAGCUUGGAUCAAUGCAAUGAAGGCAGAGAUCGAAUCUAUCAUCAAAAACAAGACCAGGAAGCUCGUCAAGAAGCCGACAGGUGUGAAAUCGAUAGGUUUGAAGUGGAUUUAUAAGAUCAAGAGGAAUGCAGAUGAAACGGUGAUCAAAUACAAAGCAAGGCUAGUCGCAAAAGGCUAUGUGCAACAACAAGGCAUAGACUUCGACGAAGUGUUUGCACAGUUGCUCUAA